GAGAGCGCAGCCUGGAGUCAGUCUGCCUGCACACUGGGGGGGAGCGGAGUAUGAGUGAACGAGCGAGAGUUUAACACGCCACAGAUUGAAAGCACACUGACGCACUCCGGAGGAAGAGAGCGCUAAAGGGAGACACAGCUGGGGAGAGAAACUGGGCAAAAGACAGACUCUGACAGAGAAUUGGAAGAGAGUCAUGCUUUUUCACAGACCAGGGAACCAGCUGUAAAAGACAAAAGGCGGUCUCCCCCCUCCGACAGGCCUCCGACAGUCGCACACAUCAGCCCCCACCACAGCCUCUCUGCUGAGGAGCAGGAGAGCCCGGAGAGAGUUGUCCAGAAAGAGAAACUCCAUGCAGAACUGAAACAGGUGUUGAGUCUGAAAAGAAGCCAGCUAAGAGAGACGUCACACUCCACCCAAACAGAAAUGGACAGCCCACCACCACAGAAAAGUACCACAGAGGAGGAGGAGCCUAUCUCUGAGCUGGUCGAGGUGGUCAUGGAAACGGAAGCUGAAGCAGGAGCAAGUGGAUACAGUGUGAUAGGCGGUGGAGAGAGGGGAAUCUUCAUCAAGGAAGUCCUGAGAGACUCUCCGGCAGCUAAACAUCUGAGCCUCCAGCAGGGUGAUCAACUGCUCAGUGCUAGAGUCUACUUCGAUAAUGUGAGAUAUGAAGAUGCACUGAAGAUUUUGCAGUGUGCAGAACCUUAUAAAGUCUCUUUCUUCCUGAAGCGGACCAUACCUCACAAUGAAGUCGCUGUGCAUCCAGGUGCAGCCAGCGUUGAUCUCAAAGGACCCAAAGCCAAAAUGCAGAGAAUGAGUGUCAAAAGCGUCAAACCCUUCAAGGCAAAGAAAAAAAGGGGAGGACGUUUUGGAUUAAAACGGCUGAAGGAGAACAAACAGGCCAGAGCUGAGACCGAUGAGGAAAUGGAGGGAUCUCCAGGGAGGCGGGAGGGGACUCCUGUCGAUGUGGAGUUUGUGUUCCCCAAAUUCAAGCUGAAGAAAGGUGGCAAGGCCGCUGCGGAGGGAACAGGGAGAGCCGAGGGGGCGACGUUCAUGGGCAGGAAGAGGAGCAAGAUAAGAUUUCCCCGGAUGAAAGUCAAGGGUGGGGCCAGUGGGGGAGGGCAUGUUGGUACUGAUGUCACAACACCGCUAGGGGAGGCAGAGGUCACCAGAGAUAAGAACAAGGCGAAGGGAAAGGGAGAGAGAUAUGGUAUAACAAUCCCUAAAACCAAAAAAGUCAAGGUAGAGCUCUCUUCGUCGCAGGACACUCUGGAAUUUAAACUCCCCAAGGGAAAAUUCAAGGCAUCCUCGGGGUCUGCAGAGGCAGCAGGGAUGGCGGUUAGCCCACCUGAUGUGGAGAUGUCUGUCAGUUUGCCAUCUGGAAAGGGAGGAGCAGGCACUAGUGAGUCAGACUUGAGCUCUGGAGCCAAGCUGAGGAUGCCAAAGCUAAAGCUGCCCAAGGUCAGGCUGUCUCGUCACUCUGAUGAGAUAGACGGAGCAGCCGAUAUUAAGGGUUCAGACAAAACGAAAGUGAAAAUGCCAUCGGUUGACAUAACAUCUCCAAAAGUUGACCUGGGGGUUUCCAGUGGAAAGGCUGAGGCUCAAGGAGAACUAACUGUUACAGGACGCGAUGGAGAAGCAAAGACACUACUGUCAGGCAUAAAGCUGCCGACUAUUGACUUCUCUGCCCCACAACCAACUAAGAGAUCUGUGGAUUUGCAAGGUAAAAAAUCAGAUGUGAAAGGUCUUGAUAUCAAAUGUACAAAAAUACACAUGCCUGAUGUAGAUAUAUCCCUGCCGUCAUUGGCAGUUAAUUCAGGUGAAAGAAAAGGCGAUGAAAUUGAUGGAACAUUUUUGUCAGGAGCUAAAAUAAAAGCUCCGCAACUGGACAUAUCCAUUCCAAAGCUACCUGAGGGUACUGGAAAGGUAAACCCUGAUUUGGAUAUUUCUCUUCCGAAGAUGCCCCAAGUAGAUAUUUCCCUCCCAAAAGGAAGAGUUCAAGGUGAUGGUGGUAAUUGUGACAUUGAAUCAAGUGCUAGAGGAAAAAUAAAAAUGCCUGCAAUAGAUGCUAAACUUCCUACUUUCACAUCUGAUGAGGAAGGCCCUAAUGUAAAAGGAGGAAAAUUUAACAUGCCAUCAAUAAAUAUUUCACUUCCAAAAGGAAAAAUUGAAGGAGCUGUUGAUGUGGAUGCCAAACCAAAAGGGGGCAAAUUCAAGAUGCCGACAUUUGAUGUUUCCCUUCCAACACUAAAGGGUCCAGAAGGUCAAAUCGAUAUUGAAGGCCCUGAAAUGAAGGGUGGAAAAUUGAACAUGCCAUCAAUUGACAUUUCACUUCCGAAAGGAAAGUUUGAAGGAGACAUUGAUUUGGAUGCCAAAGCAAAGGGUGGCAAAUUAAAUUCCUUUGAUGUUUCUCUUCCGAAAAUGAAAUCUCCAGAAGGUGGAAUUGAAGUUCAGGGACCUGAAAUGAAAAGUAGCAAAAUUAGCUUGCCAACAAUAGACAUAUCUCUUCCAAAGGGGAGUAUUGAAGGUGAUGUUGAUAUGGAGGGAAAAACAAAAGGGGGGAAGUUCAAAAUGCCCACAUUUGAUGUGUCCCUUCCUAAAUUAAAAUCUCCCGAAGGACAAAUUGAUAUCGAAGGCCCUGAAGUCAAAGGUGGGAAGUUUCACAUGCCAUCAAUAGAUAUCUCACUUCCAAAAGGCAGUGCAGACAUGGAUGUUGAUCUGGAUGUGGAUGGCAAAGCAAAAAGUGGAAAAUUCAAGAUGCCAACAUUUGAUGUUUCCCUUCCAAAAAUGAAAUCCACAGGGGGUGAUAUUGAAGUUGAAGGACCUGAACUCAAGGGUGGGAAGUUUAACAUGCCAUCAAUUGACAUUUCACUCCCCAAAGGAAAUAUUGGAGGUGAUAUUGAUGUCGAUGCCAAGGCCAAAAGUGGCAAAUUCAAGAUGCCGUCUUUUGAUGUUUCUCUUCCCAAAAUAAAAUCUCCAGAGGGUGAACUUGACAUUGAAGGGCCUGAAAUGAAAGGUGGCAAAAUUAGCAUGCCCACUAUAGACAUAUCUAUUCCAAAGGGGAGUACUGAGGGCGAUAUUGAUGGCAAGGUAAAGGGUGGAAAACUCAAGAUGCCUACUUUUGAUGUUUCCCUCCCAAAACUGAAAUCGCCAGAGGGACAAAUCGAUAUUGAAGGCCCUGAAUUCAAAGGUGGGAAAUUUAACAUGCCAUCAAUAGAUAUUUCACUUCCAAAAGGAAAUGUUGAAGGAGAAAUAGAUGUGGACUUGGACGCCAAAGCAAAAGGGGGGAAAUUUAAUAUGCCAUCAUUUGAUGUUUCUCUCCCAAAAGUAAAAUCUACAGAAGGAAAAAUUGAUGUAGAUGGCCCUGAAAUCAAAGGUGGAAAGUUUAAUAUGCCAUCCAUUGAUAUUUCUCUCCCAAAAGGAAAUGUUGAAGGAGAUGUGGAUGCCAAAGGAAAAGGAGGCAAAUUCAAGAUGCCCACAUUUGAUGUUUCCCUUCCAUCACUGAAAUCUCCAGAGGGUGGAAUUGAUGUUGAACGCCCAGAACUCAAGGGUGGAAAGUUUAACAUGCCAUCACUUGAUAUUACACUUCCCAAAGGUUAUGUGAAAACAGAUGUUGACGUGGAUGCUGAAGGAAAAGGAGGAAAAAUCAAAAGGCCGAAUUUUGACAUUUCCCUUCCAAAACUCAAAUCUCCUGAAGGGAAUGUUGAUAUAGAAGGCCCUGAAGUUAUGGGUACAAAGUUCAAAGUGCCAUCAAUAGAUAUCUCACUUCCAAAGGGAAAGCUUGAGGGAGAUGUAAAUGUAGAUGGCAAAUUGAAGAUGCCCACAUUUGAUGUUUCACUACCAAAACUGAAAUCACCAGAAAGUGAAAUUGAUAUUGAAGUACCUGAAGGUAAAGGUGGCAAAAUUAACAUGCCACCUGUAGACAUAUCUCUCCCAAAAGGAAGUCUUGAAGUUGGUGCAAAGACAAAAGGAGGAAAAUUCAAGAUGCCAAAAAUAGGUAUCUCACUACCAAAAAUGAAAAAAGCAAACAAAGCAAUACAUAUUGAAAGGCCAGAAAUUAAAGAAGGGACUAUCAAUCUACCAAAUGUUGACAUUUCCCUGCCUAAAGGAAAGAUUGAGGGAGAUGCUAACCUGGAAGGCAAAAAAACAGAAGGAAAAUUCAAGGUGCCCACAUUUGAUGUUUCCCUAUCAAAACUGGAAGGUCCAGAGGGUCAAAUCGAUAUUGAAGCCCCAGAUGUCAAGGGUGGAAAAUUCAAUAUGCCAUCAUUAGAUAUUUCACUUCCAAAAGGAAAUGUUGAAGGAGACAUUAAUUUGGAUGCAAAAGCAAAAGGAGGUAAAUUCAAAAUGCCCACAUUUGAUGUUUCCCUUCCAACAUUUAAAGGUCCAGAAAUUGAUAUUGAAGGCCCUGAUGUCAAAGGUGGAAAACUGAACAUGCCAUCAAUAGAUAUUUCACUUCCAAAAGGGAAGAUCGAAGGAGAUGUUGAUGUGGAUGGCAAAGCAAAAGGAGGCAAAUUCAAGAUGCCCACAUUCGAUGUUUCCCUUCCAAAAUUUAAAGGUCCAGAGGGUCAAAUUGAUAUUGAAGGCCCUGAUGUUAAGGGUGGAAAACUCAACAUGCCAUCAAUAGAUAUUUCACUUCCAAAAGGAAAUGUUAAAGGAGAUAUUGAUGUAGACGCCAAAGCAAAAGGAGGAAAAUUCAAGAUGCCCACAUUUGAUGUUUCUUAUCCAAAAAUGAAAUCUCCAGAGGGUGAACUUGACAUUGAAGGUCCAAAAUGUAAAGGUGAUAAGAUUGAUAUGCCAUCCAUUGAUGCAUCUUUUCCUAAAGGGAGACUUGAGGGCAAUGUUGAUGGUAAAGCUAAAGGUGGAAAAUUAAAAAUGCCCACCAUUGACAUCUCACUACCGAAAAUUAAAAGGCCUGGAAGUGGCAUUAAUAUUGAAGGACCUGAGGUUGAGGGAGCGAGGAUCAGCAUGCCAACAAUUGACAUUUCACUUCCUAAAGGCAGUGUUGAAGGAAAUGUUGAUGUGGAUGUGGAUGCCAAAGGAAAAGGAGGAAAAUUCAAGAUGCCAACAUUUGAUGUGUCACUUCCAAAACUGAAAUCCCCUGAAGGUAAAUUUGACAUAGAAGGCCCUGAAAUCAAAGGUGGAAAGUUUAACAUGCCAUCAAUAGAUAUCUCACUUCCAAAAGGAAAUGUUGAAGGAGAUAUUGAUGUGGAUGCCAAAGCAAAAGGAGGAAAAUUCAAGAUGCCCACAUUUGAUGUUUCCCUACCAAAAAUUAAAGGUCCAGAGGGUCAAAUCGAUAUUGAAGGCCCUGAUAUCAAGGGUGGACAAUUCAACAUGCCAUCCAUAGAUAUUUCACUUCCAAAAGGGAAAAUUGAUGGAGAUGUUGAUGUAGACGCCAAAGUAAAAGGAGGAAAAUUCAAGAUGCCCACAUUUGAUGUUUCCCUUCCAAAAUUUAAAGGUCCAGAAAUCGAUAUUGAAGGGCCUGAUGUCAAGGGUGGAAAAUUCGACCUGCCAUCAAUAGAUAUUUCACUUCCCAAAGGAAAUGUUGAAGGUGCUGUUGAUGUAGACAUAAAUGCCAAAGGUAAAGGAGGAAAGUUCAAGAUGCCCACAUUUGACGUUUCCCUUCCAAACUUUAAAUCCCCUGAGGGAAGAAUUGACAUGGAAGGCCCUGAAAUCAAAGGUCCAAAGUUAAACAUGCCAUCAAUAGAUAUUUCACUUCCCAAAGGACAUGUUGAAGGAAAUAUUGAUGUGGAUGCCAAAGGAAAAGGAGGGAAAUUUAAGAUGCCCACAUUUGAUGUUUCCAUUCCAACAUUUAAAGGUCAAGAAAUCGAUAUUGAAGGCCCUGAUGUCAAGGGUGGAAAAUUCGACAUGCCAUCAAUAGAUAUUUCACUUCCCAAAGGGAAGAUCGAAGGAGAUGUUGAUGUGGAUGGCAAAGCAAAAGGAGGCAAAUUCAAGAUGCCCACAUUCGAUGUUUCCCUUCCAAAAUGUAAAGGUCCAGAAGGUCAAAUCGAUAUUGAAGGCCCUGAUGUUAAGGGUGGACAAUUUAACAUGCCAUCCAUAGAUAUUGCACUUCCCAAAGGAAAUAUUCAAGGAGAUAUUGAUGUGGAUGCCAAAGGAAAGGGAGGGAAAUUCAAAAUGCCCACAUUUGAUGUUUCCCUACCAAAAAUUAAAGGUCCAGAGGGUCAAAUCGAUAUUGAAGGCCCUGAUAUCAAGGGUGGACAAUUCAACAUGCCAUCCAUAGAUAUUUCACUUCCAAAAGGGAAAAUUGAUGGAGAUGUUGAUGUAGACGCCAAAGUAAAAGGAGGAAAAUUCAAGAUGCCCACAUUUGAUGUUUCCCUUCCAAAAUUUAAAGGUCCAGAAAUUGAUAUUGAAGGCCCUGAUGUCAAAGGUGGAAAACUGAACAUGCCAUCAAUUGACAUGUCACUGCCUAAAGGAAAUGUCGAAGGAGACAUUGAUUUGGAUGCAAAAGCAAAAGGAGGCAAAUUCAAGAUGCCCACAUUUGAUGUCUCCUUUCCAAAAUGUAAAGGUCCAGAGGGUCAAAUCGAUAUUGAAGGCCCUGAUGUCAACGGUGGAAAAUUCAACAUGCCAUCAAUAGAUAUUUCACUUCCCAAAGGAAAUGUUGAAGGAAAUAUUGAUGUGGAUGCCAAAGGAAAAGGAGGGAAAUUCAAGAUGCCCACAUUUGAUGUUUCCAUUCCAAAGGGUAGUGUUCAAGGAGAUGUUGGGGUGAAUGUAGAUGCUGAAGGCAAAGGAGGCAAAUUCAAGAUGCCUAGUUUUGAUGUUUCCCUACCAAAACCGAAAACACCAGAAAAUAAAGUUGAUAUUGAAGGCCCUGAUAUCAAGGGUGGAAAAAUUAGCAUGCCCUCAAUAGAUAUUUCACUCCCAAAAGGACAUGUGAAAGGAGAUGUGGAUGUAAAAGCAAAAGGUGGCAAAUUUAAAAUGCCAAAAAUUGGCAUCUCCUUGCCGAAAAUGAAAAGGCCUGGAAGUGGCAUAAACAUUGAAGGACCAGAAUUUGAGGGAGGGAAGAUCAGCAUGCCAACAAUUGACAUUUCACUUCCUAAAGGCAGUGUUGAGAGAGAUGCUGCCAUGGAGGGAAAAGUGCAAAGUGGAAAGAUCAACAUGCCCACAUUUGAUGCCUCCCUUCCAAAACUCAAAUCUGCAGAAGGGAAACUUGACGUAGAAGUCCCUGAACUCAAAGGAGGAAAGUUUGAUAUGCCAUCAAUAGAUAUUUCACUUCCAAAAGGGAAAGUCGAAGGAGAUGUUGAUGUGGAUGGCAAAGCAAAAGGAGGCAAAUUCAAGAUGCCCACAUUCGAUGUUUCCCUUCCAAAAUUUAAAGGUCCAGAGGGUCAAAUUGAUAUUGAAGGCCCUGAUGUUAAGGGUGGAAAACUCAACAUGCCAUCAAUAGAUAUCUCACUUCCCAAAGGUAGUGUUGAAGGAGAUAUUGAUAUGGAUGCCAAAGCAAAAGGCGGCAAAUUCAAGAUGACCACAUUUGAUGUUUCCCUACCAAAACUGAAAGGUCCUGAAGGUCAAAUUGAUAUUGAAGGGCCUAAUGUCAAGGGUGGAAAGUUCAAGAUGCCAUCAAUAGAUAUUUCACUUCCAAAAGGAAAUGUUGAAGGAGAUAUUGAUCUAGCAGCUGAAGGAAAAGGAGGCUCAAUCAAGAUGCCUAUAUUUGAUGUCUCCCUUCCCAAAUUCAAAUCUCCUGAAGGUAACAUUGAUGUAGAAUCUCCUGAAGUCAAGGGUGGGAAGUUUCACAUGCCAACAAUUGAUAUAUCACUUCCCAAAGGGAGUGUAGCAGGGGAUGUUGAUGUGGAUGGGAAGAUGAAAGAUGGAAAAUUCAAAAUGCCUACAUUUGAUAUUUCCCUUCCAAAAGGAAACAUUGAAGGAAAUGUUGACAUUGAUGGUCAUGGACAGAAAAUCAAAAUGCCUUCAAUUGAUUUUAGUCUACCUAAGAUGAAAAUGCCAGAGGGAGAAGUCAAGGUUGAAGGAACAGAUAUCAAAGGUGGCAAGUUCAAUAUACCAUCUAUAGAUAUUUCCCUUCCAAAAGGAAAGGCCAAAGGGGACGUAGAUCUGGAUGAAGACAAGAAAGGUGAAAUGUUUAAAAUGCCCACAUUGGAUAUAUCAUUGCCAAAAACAUCCAUUACUUCAGGUUCAGCUACCUUAGAAGGGCCUGAAAUUAAAAAAGGAACUGGUAAAGUACCAAGUGUGGACAUUGCACUACCCUCUGGAGAAGCUAAGUUAGGUGUUGAUGGCUCAUCUGAAGGCAAUACAAGUAGCACCAUCAAGCUUCCAAAUGUGAAAAUACCAACAGUUAAUAUAUCUGCACCCAAAGUUGACUUGGACUUUGGUCUUACAAAGUCUAAAGACAAUGACAGAGAGGACAUUGAACUCCUGAAAGCUGAAGGGGGCAGACCAUCCUCAGGUGCCAGUUUUGAUGUACCUGACGUUACCCUGAAAAUGCCAAAGUUUUCUCUUCCCAAGUUUGGUGGAAAAUCCAAAAGUGGAGGCAUAGAGUUGGAAGGACAUGGUUCAACGCCAUAUUUGGAGGCUGAGAGUAGUUCUCCAUCAGCCGAGGUAGACCAUGAUAUCAAAGCAAAAGGAAAAAUCAAAAAGCAUAAAAUUAAAAUGCCAUUUUUUGGAACAUCUAAGAAGGAUGUGGAGAUCAACGUCACUGGUCCAGGAUGGAAGAAGGAAAAAGAGGCAGACAUUAAAAUGCCAUCACUUGAGAUAUCCUUACCAGCAACAAAAACACCAGAACACGAAGUUCUGCUCCCCAAAACUGAGGUAGAUGUGUCUGAGGCUGAUAUUAGAGGCUAUGAGGGUGCGUUGAAAAUCCCCAAAAUGCCCACCAUUGACAUAUCGGUCCCUAAAGUUGAUGUGGAUGUUGCUCUGCCCAAACUGAAGCAUGAUGUAUCAGCUGAUUCUGGCACGCAUGUGAAUAUAGAGGGAGAAGGUGGAAAAAUGAAGAUUCCAAACAUCAAAAUGCCAACAAUAGACAUAUCUCUCCCAAAAGGAAAAUCUGGUGACAUCAAAACACCAGAACUGGAACUUGAUGGAGAGGGUGGAAAAUUCAAAUGGCCACAUAUUCAGAUGCCCACAGUUGACAUAUCACUCUCAAAAGGAAAAUCUGUGGAUGUUAAUGUACCAGAGGUUGAAGUUAAAGGAGAUGGUGGGAAAUUCAAGAUGCCCAGUGUUAAGAUGCCAGUGGUUGACAUAUCACUUCCAAAGGGACAAACAGGGAACAUUAAUGCACCAGAAGUUGAGGUAAAAGGAGAGGGAGGGAAAUUCAAGAUGCCAAAUAUCACCAUGCCAGCACUUGAUAUGUCUCUCCCAAAGGGGAAAUCUGGUCAGAUUGAGGCAAAUUUGGAGGUUGAAGGUGAGGGGGGGAAAGUCAAGAUGCCGGACAUAAAGAUGCCAAAGGUGGAUGUUUCACUUCCAAAAGGAAAAUCUGCCGAUAUUAAAAUACCAGACGUAGAACUGGGGGUAAAGGGUGGAAAAUGUAAAAUGGCAGAUGUCAAGAUGCCAACAGUUGAUGUUUCACUACCAUCAGCAAAUCUUAAAGGCAGUGGCAAACCAGAAUUACACAUCCGAGGUGAGGGUGGCACAACCACAGAUCCGAAACUCAAAAUGCCCCAAAUCAGUGUAUCUUUACCACAUGUGAGAACUGGUGAUAAUGAAACUUGCCAGCUCAGAGGUGAGGGAGAGGGCAAAUUCACAAUGCCCUCUGUUGAAGUACCCACUCUCCCCAGAGCUGAUCUUGAUGUAAUUUUGGGGAAGCAAAAACAAGGCGAACCAAGUGGAAAUGUGGAUGCUGAUGUCAGCAAGGAUGGAGAGCAUAAAGGGUUGAAAAUCAAGAUACCAACAAUUGAUAUAGAAGCUCCCAAAGGUGAUCUGGAGCUGAACAUUGGAUUACGGAAAGGCGAAGGAAAAAAGGAUCGUAAAAAAAUUGAAUUUCCUGAUAUACACCUAAAUCCGCUUGUGUCUGAAGGCAAGGUGAAAGGGCCAAAGGUCAAAGGCACAAAAUUCAAAAUUGGUAUGCCAAAAAUGAAAAACACAAGUUCAGAGAUUGAUGUCAAACCAGAGAAGGACAAUGAGGGAGUAAGCGGACGAUUUAAAGUUAAGAAGACAAAAAUGGGCAAAGACUCUGCACCAGAAGUCACUGUAUCUGUCCCAACUGAACCAACUAUUGCGACAAUUGGCUCGGACCAUGACAUCAAAACACCAAAGAUUCCAGAAAUAGAUUUUGACAUUGGAACCUCAUCUGGAUAUUCCGAGGCAGACAGAGAUAAGGGAGGCAAAGUCAAAGUUCCUAAGUUUGGUGUGGCUUUACCCUCCAUUUCUUCAUAUGAGGGGGGCAAUAUCAGUGGAAAACUGGCAGAUGUCAAAGGUUUUUCUGUGCCAGACCCAGAGAUCGAUUAUGAGGGUCCUAAAAUGCCAAAAGUGACAAAAGCAGUUUUUGUUUUAGUGAAUCCUCAGGCUGACAGUUCUAAUGUAUCAGGUGAAGAAGAAGGGGUACAUGUCAAGGAGAACCAAAAUAAGAUGCCCGAGAUUAAAGUGAAAGCUGGUUUAGGAAAGUCUGGCUCUAAGGGUAGGGGAGGGGCAGAAUGUGGCGAAGAGGAGGUGGAGGUAGAUGGGAAGUCAAAAACGGGCAAACUGAAAAUGCCCAAGGUUGUGCUGUCUCCAGGAAAGAGUGGCUCAUUUGACGUGACAUCCAAAACAUCUGACUCAGGGAGGGAGGAGGUGGCAGGCCUAAAUGGUGAAAAAGAUGGCUCAAAAUUUGUCAAGCUGAAGAUGCCAAAACUUGAGUUCACGUCACCUUAUUCGAAAAACUUGUCCGAGGAGGAGCACCUUGAGAUGAGCACAAAGUUGGUCAUGAAAGAAUCUGACAAAGAAGGCAAGGGAGCAAAAUCGAAAUCAGGAAAAAUUGCAUUUCCAGGCUUCAAAAAGAAAAUCGAGAAAGAAGAGGUAGAGACUGAGUCCACUUUGGUGUUCUCUACAGCCAGGACAGAAAUGCUGGCAGAGAGAGAAAGCUCGGAGUCUCCUUCUCCCCAGGGGUUUGUCUCAUUUCUGCAAAGGCAACACGAAUCAUCCACAGGAUACAGCACAGAACAAGUGUACGAAAGAGAGGGGUCGACUUGGUAUGAAGUCCCUAGAGUAACCUUAAGUCCUCACUCUGCUGGGCUGCUUCAGAUGACACCUGAGGGAUCCCCAUGUGGCAGUAGAUCCUCUCCUCUGCUCUCUAGCGACGAGGCGUCAGGUGACUUUCACAUUCAGAUGCCGCGACUACAGAUGGCCUCACAGGGUGAGCAUAAGGAAGAGUACAUCGUCACAACAACAACCACAACCAGAGAGAUGUCACAUGACAGUAGGGCCUCGCCUCAUCAUUUUGGUGGCGAAGCCUUGGGUGGUUUCCCCCUCCACAUGCCUCAAAUGCAGUUCACUACACAGGGUAGGCUAAAGGAGGAGCUCAUCGUCACGACAACUAAGGAGGAAACCGUUACAGUGGUGACCUCAAGGUCAAAGUCACCAAAACAAACACUGGCAGAGCCUACAGGGGAGUCGUCAAUUGAAAAAGGCAGUAGUUCACAAAUACCUCGGGAUUUCUGAGGCACAAGGUGAUAUGUGGGAAAUUGUCAGUAUUUUUUAUUGAUAUGUUUUGUAUUAGUACAGUUGUCAUUGUUUAUUUUCUAUUUUGAUCAAUGUCAUUUGUAUGUUUUUUUUUUGUUUAAAUCAGAUAUAAAAUAUAUAGUAAAUAUCAUUGUACACAUUCAUCCAUUCAUACAUAAUUCACCCAUUUUUUUUUUCCAAGAGAGUAGCCCAAAAUUAAAUUAUGUAAUUUAUGUGAAAUGCAUUUUGUUCUGUGUCUGAUUGCAUUAGUGGCAAGGAAUGUUAGCAAUCAAACACAUUCACAAGUAUAAUAUUUUUGUAGAUAAAAAAAUAUAUAAAUGGGUGGAUUGCAAGGGCUUCUUAGCAUGAUAAUUCAUUUAACAUUUUUUGAUAUUUUAAAAGCUGUGUGCUCAUCUGCCUUUCCUUGGUGCCUUAAUGAUAUGAAAUAUAACUUUUUGCUUUUAUUUAUUAUUCUAACUUUAACUAUGUCAGCAUCUGAAUUGACAUGCAUUUAAUUCAGAGGAUUGGUUACAUUUGUAUGAACCCAUUGUACAGAUGAGGCCUAAAAAGUCAAUGUGCAGAAAUCUUAAAUUGUUCAUAUUUUCAUAUUGUAAAAAUAUCCUGUUAGGAUUUGUCAUUUGGGAAAAGUCUAUUUAAUCAUGCACAUUUCUUUCAUUGGAAUGAUCACCUUCGACAAUUGUGUUUCAACUGUCCUCAUAGCAAAUGCUUUAAAUUUUGUUAAAUUAAUUGGAGAGAUGAGGAAAUAUUAUUUCUGUUUUAUGGUGAAUUUAUUAACCUGGUUUUACCCCUGUGUUGGGAAUGAGUAAUACAUAAUAUUGUAUCAGGUCAUCCAUAUUUAACCUUAUUUAUGUGUAUAGAACACUUUCUGCAAUUGGACAGAGUAGCAUGACUUAAUUGAAACAGUUAUUAUAUGCCUCUUUGAAUUCAGGUUAUAUGGUAAAUUAUUGUUCAUAUGGAAUUUGAGCGAAAGUUGUAAUUUACAAGAAAAUUAAUAAAAUAUAUUGCUAAUGACUCUGA